AAAAAUGAAAUCCAGCUCGGUGUUAAUACCCCUGAUUUACUUGCUUUCCUCUUACAGAUGAUGACAACAAGCUGAUUGGUUGGGCAUAGGGGCCGAGUGACAGCUAAAAGUGUGUCAACAAUGGGCCGAAAGUUGGAUCUGUCAGGUCUGUCGGACAGAGAGGCGGAGCAUGUGCUGCAGGUGGUUCAGAGGGACAUGAAGUUACGCAAAAAAGAGGAUGAGCGCCUCAGUGAACUGAAGCAGGAGCUCGAUGAGGAGGGCAGUCGCUGCCUCCUGCUGUCAAGGCAGAGUUGCUUCAACCGGCGCUGCUGCAUCCGCUGCUGUGCACCCUUCACCUUCCUGCUCAACCCCAAGCGCCAGUGCCGGGACUGCCUCUACAAUGUCUGCAAGGCCUGCCGGGUCUACAACAAGCAGGACAAAGCCUGGCUCUGCUCCGUCUGCCAGAAGAGUCGGUUAUUGAAGACACAGUCACUGGAAUGGUUCUACACUAAUGUGAAGACACGCUUCAAGAGGUUUGGCAGUGCCAAAGUAUUGAAGACUCUCUACAGGAAGCACUUGGUGGAGCACAGUGCACUUGCAGAGCUGACUGAGGGCAGCGCCUACGAAGAGAGCAUCGGCAAUGAGGGCAGCGUCUGUGGGAGCGAUUCAACCUUAUACAGACAAUCUCAAGGUCACAGCAUGGCAGAGACGCUCACUGUGGCCUUGCGGGUGGCAGAAGAGGCCAUAGACGAGGCCAUCUCCGCAGCUGAGUUCGAUACUAGCAGUCAGGAGAAGAAGGAUGAGGCACACUAUCUUCGGAAGCACAGAGGAGAGCUUGUUGAGGAACUGGCCAAAACUAUUGUGCAAAAAAUCAUUAGUAGGAGGAAGACUGUGAGUGACAUAAAGGCUGAGUAUGAACACGAUUGGUUAUUUGAACACAACAUGGACCUUCUUCAUCAACCAUCCGCAGAUGAUCAAGCUUCCAGCUCCUUUAAAAACCAACCGGGCCUCUGGAGGUCACAGUCUGCCUUCUCAAUGUUGGACAAUGACUCUCCAGGUCUGGUACAAGAAACUCACCAGGCGUUGAAGAAGGAAGGCGGUGGUUCGGCUUUGUCUACUUGGAAGAGUGUCGACCGGCUGGACAACUCAAGUGUGUCCUCAGUGCUCAAGAGCCCAGAUGGGAACUGGAUUGCCCUGCAGAGCGCCCAGCUGUCGCGGCCCAGCCUGCUGACCAGGAGGAAGAGCCUGGUCUACAGUGCCUUGGAGAGGGAGUCAGGAGUGGUGUCGGCCUAUGAAGGCAUGGGCUUUGACAACGAAACUAAAUCUGAGCUGGACAGCUCCUGGGGUGCCGUCCUCCAUGAGAUUCACAAGAAGAUGACAGACUCCAACUUUAACCUCCCGGACACCGAGGACAGGAUCUCGCCACACGUAAUGGACCGCCGAAGCAGCAGAGACAGUCUGGUUUCAGACUCUGAGGGCAACUGGAAGCUUAACAAACCUGUGCUGGGUCUUCUUAAGAGGAAGUUGCCUGUGGAGAUUAGGCGACCUUCAUCAUCCCCCAGGACCAGCAUCAUCGACAUGAACUUUAAUGUGGAACGAGCAGGAGAGGAGAGGAGUGCAACCGCUGAGCCCACCGUCCGAAAAGUCAGGAGGUCACGGAAGAAGAAGAAGACUGAAAAAGAGCUGACAGCUUCUUCUCCUGUGCUGGAUUACAGCAAAAAAGACAACCAGUCCCAACAUACUUCUGAUGCUGUGACCCCUGACACUUUGACCUCUGGGGGCACAACCCCUGAACCCUGGAACCCAGAAAGUGACAUCACCAGAAAUGGAGCCAAUCCGAUGGAGCAGGAGCUCACACUAAAACUGCAACAGCUCGCAGGCACAGUUUCUGACUCCUCUACGAGAGACAGUGGACUUUAUGGAGUGACAGAUGCUGACAGUAAUGCACAGAGUGAGGAAAGGAGACAAGGAAACGAGCACAAAGAUAGAAAAGAUGAGAAGCCAUGGAGGAUGGAGAUUGAGUUGGAUGACUCCAGACUCACAUACUUAUCGUCUACUGAUGACGAGUUAGACAGAGCAAGCCUGAGUGAAGAAGAAUCGGACGGAGAGAGAGAGGAUGAUAUGGAGGAGGACUAUAAACAGCAGAAAGAGGAAAAACUCACUUAUAAACUCUGUCUGCUGGAAAAACAAGUCAGAGCUAGUCAGUUCUCAUCCACGGAGGAUGAGCUGGACAGAGUUGGCAUCACAGAUGAAGAGAAGAGGACAGGAGAGGAGGAGGAGCUGGCGAUGAAAGUGAGCAGAUUAGCAAACCAAGUAAACGUCACCCAAUUUUCAUCCACGGAUGAUGAGUUAGACAGGAAAGGAGAAGAGGGGGAGGAAAAGAUAGAUGGAGUGACGUUUUGGAAACUGCAGGCGCAAAAAGCAGUCCAGGCGGCUAAAGUGCGCGACUUGGCCAGUCUAGUCAGCGCCUCUCAGUUUUCUUCCACGGAGGACGAACUGGACAGAUUUGGAGAGAAUGAGGGAGAGACGGAGCAGGAGGUAAAUGAGGGAGGAAUAGAGAGCAGUAUCGAGAUAGAAAAUUUGUUGGAGGGAGCAGUGGGAAAGAGUCAUAAGAGGAGAGAAUCCAUCGGAGAUUUAGAUGUGAAAAUGUUUGAUUUAAGGGAAGAAAUUGAGGAAAGAAUGAAUGAGAGAAGUGAGGAAAAAGUAGAAAAAGAAACAAUGAAAAAAUUUGAAGAUUUCCAGCCAGAAAAAACGAAGAUAGAGGGACCUAAAGAGAGAGAUUGCAUGGAAAAAAGAGUAACAGAGGAGACAGAAGAGGAUGAAGGGAUGUUAGGAAAAGUUGAAGUUUUUAAAGAGACAAAAGAGAGGCAGGAGACGCAGUUAAAAACAGGACUGGGAGCAGAGAGGAGGGAAGAAAGGACUGAGGAGAUAAUAGCCUUUUAUGAGACAAGAGUCGGACCAGAAAAUCAGCCAGAGGCGAAGUUGUCAGACAAAAAGGAAGGAGAGGAGAGAUGGGAAGAAGAAAAGAUUAAAGAAAUCAAACAGAGUGAGGAAAAAUGGGAAACCGCAUCAAACAGUGAAGAGGAGGAUGCAGAAUUUGACAGGAUAAUCAGCAGCAUGUUGAUGAUUACUCUGGAGGACAUGCAGGUAGGAGCGUUAAAGGAUAAUGGUGAAAAUGGAGGGAUGAAUAGAGAGCUAGAGACAGAUGAGGGGGCGAAAGUUGAUUUAAAGGCAGACAAGGCAGGAGGCGCAAAAGAAAGACCAGGAGAAAAUAUAACUGAGCAAACUGAAGGAGAUAUUUCUACAAAACAGGAGAGCGUAGAUGCUACAGGCGGGAAUAAAAGUGAACUGCAGGAAAAACACACAGAUCCACAAGAAAAACGUUUGGCAGACAAAAAACCUACAGAUAUGACAAGCAAAGAGAUCAAUGGUGCCCAGAGGACGUGUAAAAGAAUGGAAGUGGAUGACGAAAACACAAAAGGAGAAAUGACGAAAGAGUGGCAAAUGAUGGAGAGGCAGGGAGAUGCUGCAGUUUGUGAAAGCAAAGACACAAAUGAAAGACUUGAGAAAACCAAAGAAAAACACGCAGACGACACGGAGCAGAGCAGCACCUCGUCUCUUCAGGAGGGUUUACUGUCACCAGAGGAGAUUCAAAAUAGGUACUCUGCAGUGUCUCUGCGCAGCAUCACCACUGAGGUGCUGAAGGUGCUGAAUGCCACCGAGGAGCUGCUGCAGGGAGUGGAGGGAGGAGAGGGCCCCCGCCUCUCCACCACCUCACUGCCCCCCAACACAGACCCCAAGAAACUGGACCAACAGUUCUCCAGACUAGAGGAGCAUGUGUAUGUGGCAGCUGGCACAGUGUACAGUCUGGAGGCGGAGCUGAGCGACCUGGAGGAGUGUGCCAGGGGCAUCUGCAGCGCCACGUCCGAUAUGGAGCUGUCCUUCCUGGAGGAGCAGGUGGCAUCAGCAGCUGCCAAGGUUCAACAGUCUGACCUACAGAUCUGUGACAUCUCAGCAAGGAUUGCUGCUCUGAAGAGUGCAGGCCUCAAUGUGGACCCACAGUCCAGAAUGUCAUAAACCUCACACAAGAACAACAAAAAUAUUGUUUUCCAUUUGCAGCCAGUCACCCUGGACUCAUCAAGACAGCUGAGGAGGCGAUUACCUGCACCGCCGGUGAAGGAAGAUAAGGAGCCCUAACUCAUCCACCCAGGACCUCUGCAGUACCUCCCACACACCAGUGCCUUGACCUCAUCACUCUGCAGUCCACAGGCCAGUUUUAAGUGAUCCAUUCAGAUACCAUUUGCCUUAAUUUCAUCCUACACAAAACAUGCCUCAGAUAACACUGGACACUAGAACUGUAUGCGUAUUUUGUGUUGUUGUACAGUGUAAUAGUACAGGAAAUCAUUGUGGGUAAACCUUAAGGAAUGAUUAACCUUGUAAAGAGAAGCAGCAGGUUAAAUCAGUUAUCUCUCACUAAACCUAAGAACAAGGAAAUCCCUAAAAAUUGAGUCUUGCAAAAAAGCAGCAAUACUGUAUGUGCAAGAGAUUCUUUUAGAUUUCCUAACAGCUGGAAUAAUGCUAAAUGUUUUAAUUGUAAUACUUUUUAUAGAGUUCAUUUAACACUAAUAAUUGUCCAUUUAACUUGUUGAUGAAUUAAGUCUCACAAAAAUAUGAACUGAAGAGACUGAAAUUAUCAGCAGUAUAGCUACUGGAUAAAACCUGCAUUUAUACUGUUUUUAUUGUAAAUCAUAAUCAAUAAGCAGAUUUAAA